AUGCCCAACUGCAACACAAACUGCAUUGAAAAACCGAUAUCAAUAGGCUUUGGUAAACUUGGACGUAUCGUAGGUAGAUACCCAUGGGUGUUCCUUAUUUCACCCCUUGUCAUAUCCGCAGGUCUUGGUGCAGGGUUUUAUUUUCUAGAAGACAGAGAGUCAAACAACAUCGAAGAUCAAUUCACUCCAAAAAAUGGCCCGGCAAAGAUGGAAAGAGCAUACGUCAAAGAGCACUUCCCACAAGGUGAGGAGUUUUCAAGUCUGAGGCUUUACACAGAUGGUACAUAUGCUUCAUUAAUCGCUGUGCACUCAGCAAAUAUUCUCACAGAAGAAGCGUUUCAGGACGUUGACAAACUAGACCAAAAAGUAAAGCAAAUCCAGGCAGAAGGAAGUCAAAAGACUUUUACAGAUCUGUGUGCCAAGGACAGAGAUUUGGGAUGUGUCUCAAAUCCAAUUUUGGAUAUUGUGAACGACCAUGUUACUAAUGGCACACCAAUAGCUUACCCCCAAAACAAGACAGAAUUCAUAGGGACAGCAAUUGGUGGAGUGGAUCUGUAUCCAAACAACAGUGUAGAGACUGCACAAGCAAUCAGGCUUUUCUAUUACUUGGAAGAAGACAAGAAAAAUGAAACGGAUCUAUGGCUGAGGACAUUUAUAAAGAAUUUUUCAGGAAGCACAGCCCCCGAAAAUAUUUUUAUUUCAUAUUUCACUUCAAUAUCAAGAGAUGAGGAAUUCGACACAAAUUCUAAAACAGUCAUCCCACUGUUCUCUGUUACAUACUUUCUGGCCAUUACUGUCUCCAUAAUGUCCUGCUUGAGGCUGGACUGUGUGAGGAAUAAGGUCUGGGUGGCCACCUUCGGGGUGCUGUCUGCAGGCCUGGCGGUGCUCAGCAGUUUUGGACUGCUGCUCUUCUGUGGGAUGCCAUUCGUGAUGACCGUGGCGACUGCUCCCUUUCUCAUUCUUGGUAUUGGUGUGGAUGACAUGUUCAUCAUGAUUUCAUGCUGGCAGAAAACUAAUGUCAAAGCUGAGGUGGAAGAUCGCAUGGCCGAGACAUACAAGGAGGCUGCUGUUUCCAUCACCAUCACCACUCUGACCGACGUCUUGGCCUUUUACAUUGGCCUCAUGACCCCUUUUGGGUCGGUCCAGUCCUUCUGCAUGUACACCGGCACAGCCCUCCUCUUCUGCUACAUCUACAACAUCACAUUCUUUGGUGCCUUUCUGGCCCUGAAUGGACAAAGAGAGGGAAGCAAUAGGCACUGGCUCAUAUGCAGGAAGGUUGAGACUCCAACUCCAGACAACAAUAGCAAUGCCUGUUCAUGUUCAUGUUCAGUUGGAGGAGCUUAUGAUCCGGAGACAGGUGCAGAGGAGGAAAUGCCCAUGGAUAUCCUCUUUAGAAAGUAUGUUGGUCCAUUUCUGACAAAGCCUUGGACUAAAGUGUGUGUUAUUUUGCUCUACUUGGGAUAUUUGGCAGGUGGCAUAUAUGGUUGUUUUCAAAUGCAGGAGGGAAUUGAUCUAAAAAAUUUAGCACCAGAUGAUUCGUAUGUUGCUCACUACUACGAUAAUGAAGACAUAUAUUUCUCAGAGUAUGGCCCUUUUGUCAUGUUAGUUAUUAGAGAUGAAAACUUCCGAUAUUGGGAUAAAUGCGCUCAGGAAAAUCUCAACAUGUGCCUGAAUGAAUUUCAAUCAUCCGACAUGGUUGCCAAAAUCAAUGCUAUAUUUUGGCUUGAUGAUUAUAAGAAAUAUGGAGAUAAGGAGAGUUUAGAUCUUUCAAAUGAAACUGUAUUCAUGAGUAAUUUGUCCACAUUUCUUGAUAACUCAGGUUUUAAACAGGAUGUCAAUAUUUCUAAUAACAAAAUAGUUGCCUCUCGAUUGUUUAUUCCAACAACUAACAUUUCAACUGCAAUUGAUGAAAAAAACAUGUUGAACUUUUUUAGGGACACAGUUUCCAAAUGUUGGCCAAACAUGGAUCUGAUGGUCUACCAUCCUGCUUUUAUUUACUAUGAUCAAUAUGCAGUCAUUGUUAGCAAUACUAUCCAAAAUAUUGUAGUUGCUACUGUGAUCAUGCUUGUAAUUUCUCUUCUGUUGAUUCCGCACCCUCUCUGUUCUCUGUGGGUGACCUUUGCCAUCGCCUCUGUAAUAGUAGGUGUAGCUGGUUUCAUGGCUUUAUGGGAUGUUAAUCUAGACUCCAUCUCCAUGAUCAACCUGGUAAUCUGCAUCGGCUUUUCUGUCGACUUUUCUGCACACAUUUCCUACGCCUUUGUCUCAAGCAAAAAGAAAACAGCCAAUGAGAAAGCUAUUGAUGCCUUAUACAAUCUUGGGUAUCCAAUUAUACAAGGAGCUGUAUCUACCAUUGCUGGCGUUGUGGUCCUCUCAGCAGCAGAGAGCUACAUUUUCAGGACUUUUUUCAAGAUUAUGUUUCUGGUCAUCUUAUUCGGCGCACUUCACGGCAUUGUGUUCAUCCCCAUAUUUCUGACAUUCUUUGGAUGCUGCAGCAAUUCAAACAGUGUUCAGGGUGAAAAGGAUCAAACUGGCAACGGGCAGAAUUUAAGGCAUGAUCAUGUGGAAUUGUCUGGCCAAAGGUCCAAUCAGAAUCAGAACCAUUCAACCUUUUCUAGUGACUCCGACUGUCCCUGA